GUGUAGAUCCAGCAGAUAAUGUGGGGGGUCCACCAACGGGAAGAGAAGUAGCUAUAGGAUAUUUAAGAGGGUGUAUGAGAGGAAGAACUUUAGAAUGGUUCGAUGACGAGAUUACUACAAAGGCAAAUUGGGAAUUAACUAAUCUAACUGAUGGUACUGGACAAGCUAAUUUAGUAGCUGUAAACGGACGUACAGCUAUUCAGAUAGGUGCUGAUGGAUUAAAUGAGGCUCUUGGACAACCUGGAACUGCAAUAGUCAAGUUAAGAGCUGUAGAAGGACCUUGGGAUGAAGAUUGGCGUGUGGCAGGAGGUCGCCCUACUAAUGCUGUUGUUAAUCUACCAAAUGCUGGUAAUGGUACUACAGUAGUUGUACCUGGUAUUCGAUUUGGUCAAGCCAUAUGGUGGCUAAAAACUCAUUUUCCUACAAUAGAAGAGGAGCUUCGGGAUUUGCAAUAUGGAACAAUUAGGAAAGGGAGCAUGACUAUAGAUGAAAAUUCUGAAGAUAUUGGUGAACAUUUACCGUUAGAUGAAUUGGCUAAAAAGCUUUAUGAGAUAGAAUUACGCCGAAUAGCUAGAAAUAAAAGAGAUAGAAUACCGGACCCAUUAGUUUCUCAGCAAAUAUAUGACCCUUUAUCUGUUUCAACUCAGAAACAGCAAGGAAUUUCUUUAGAAGAUAUGCAAAAAGCAUUUCAGAAUGCAGUAGUACAACAAAAAACAGAAUUUCAAUCUGUAUUAGAAAAACGUGAUGCUGAACAUAAAGCUGAAAUAGAAUCUAUAUUACAACAAAAAUCGAAAAAAAUACCACCACCUAUACCACCAAAAAAUACAGAUGAAAUUGAUAGUGCUAUAUCAUUAAAAGAAUUAUAUGGUAUGGGAUAUAGAGAUGGCCCAUUAGUAGAUUUUAUGGAAACAUAUAAAAAGCGUAGUAAUGAUAUAAAAAGAACACAUAAUGAUAGAAUAGGAAGAGUGGAAAAAGGACUGAAUGAAACUCGUGGAUCUGUGAACCAAUUAAUCGAAGAAUUUCAGAAAAUAAAUAUAAAUAAAGAUAAUAUUGCGAAAUCUAAUUUUACUCGAUCUUAUUUCACACCUCUUAAAUCUUUAUAUCCUCAAUAUGAAGAUGAUGAUAAUAGUGGGUAUGAAGAAGAAAACGGCAUAUGGCUUGAUAAUGAUUCUGAAAAAAAAAAACAGGUAAAUGAACCAUAUGAUCAGCAAUUGCCAAAGCUUUCACCAGAAAUACGUAAAAUGUGUCUAUCUCAAAAGAUCCUGGAUCUGAAUUCGGGCAAUUCCAAACAUAUUACCGAUUCAUUAGGAUGGUAUACGGAUGUGCCAGUUACCUUGAAGGAUAAAGAAAAUAAGACUGUUACAAUUAUUGGAAAUUUUGUUCGUAUUGAUAAUGGAGAAUCUAAACCAAUGCUAUUUUUAGGCAUGUCAAAUAUUCGAAAAGUUCAAGUAGCGAAGGAUCCACCAAAAGAGACAGAGAUCACAGAAACAUUGGAUUCCGAUGAAUUGGAAACUCGAGACUCUAACUCUUCAUCUA